UCAAGCUCGAUAUUGACCAAGUUUAUCGUGGAAACAAAAAUGACGGAAGAGAUACCUGUAAUACCGAAAGUUUCGAGUUUAAUCGUCCACAGCGGGAAUAUUGUCAACUGGAAUAGACUGAAACGACACCCAAACAACGGGGCAACUGCAGAGAUUGCAGAAUGUAUUGAUGCCACAUUAAAAAGUAAUUUGGAAAAUGCAGACAAAACUGCUCUCCAGUAUGAAACCAGUCUGGAGUACAAGUGCACUAAGUUUAUUGAACCACUGCCGGCAGAGGAGAGGGGUGAUCUGAAGGUCACAGUCAAGGUUUUCCUGUGUAAAUUACUACCUCCAGCCACACUGAAAGAGGGAAUAGAAAAAGUUUUGACAGAGCUGAAUAUCACAUUCAUUGAGACUGUGUUGCUGGCCCUACCAGAACUGGAAGAAGAGAAAGAUCUCUCUCUGUCUGUCAUCCAACCAUACUGGGAGGUGCUGGAAGAGAUGGUGGAAGAAGAGAAAGUUCUCUCCCUUGGAAUAGCUGAUCUAAAUAAGGAACAGCUAGAAGAGCUUCACAAAUGGGCGAAGGUAAAACCUGGAAUCAAUCAGGUAAACCUGGAGUCCUGUUGUGUAAUGCCUAAGGACCUGACUGAGUACGCUAAACAGAAUGAUAUUCAGCUUCUUAGUCACAAUGAUGCCAGGGAUAUUCUUCCUAAUGAGAAACUGUGUGACAUUAUCAAGAAAAAUACCACAGGGAAAGACAGCCUCUCAUGGGAAAUGUUGUGGGUACUUCGAUAUUCUGUGCUCAUAAAAUGUCGAGGAAUCAUUAAAACAAAGGCAUACAUUACAAAAUGUGGGCGUGACCCAAAGCACAGAAAGUGACCUUUGACCUUUUGAUGACAGGGACUUUAAUAUUCUGUAUGAAAUUGUUCAACUCUGUUCUUCCUUUAGUCAAGAUUUCUCAAGUGAUUUUUGUUCAUUUGCUUCUGAGGAUGAAUAGAGUAGAUUCCUAACCUCUCUGAGUCUCGUAGAGAGUAUAAUGAAAUCAAUUUGAAGUCUGACAUUAUAAAUUAUUUUACAAUGGAGUACUUAGACUUUUCAGAAUAAACUUAAGACCACUGCCUACAUUAAUUGUUAGAAACAGGCAUAUCCUAAAAUUGUAAUUUG